GUUUCUGCUCUUGCAAUUUUUCUCAACGAACAGAGAUUCUCAGCGACUUCUCUCUCCUCCCGGCCAUUUUCCUCCUGUCUAUUUCUAGAGAGAGAGAGAGAUGGCGGAGGAGAAGGUGAGAGACGAGGCGAUGCAGAUGAUGGGAAUGUUUCAAGUUCUUCCGAGGCUCGUGGUCUUCGAUCUCGAUUACACUCUCUGGCCCUUUUAUUGCGAAUGCCGCUCCAAACGCGAAAUGCCGUCUUUGUAUCCGAAUGCAAAGGGCAUCCUGAAAGCUCUGCAAGAAAAGGGGAUCGAUAUGGCAAUCGCUUCAAGAUCUCCGACUGCAGACAUAGCUAACACAUUCCUCGACAAGUUAAACAUCAAACCGAUGUUCAUUACCAAGGAGAUCUUUUCGAGUUGGAGUCACAAGACGGAACAUUUUCAGAGGAUACACGCAAGGACAAGCGUGCCAUUCACCUCGAUGCUCUUCUUCGAUGAUGAAGACAGAAAUAUCAAAUCUGUAUCGAAAAUGGGAGUGACAAGCAUCUUGGUGGGAAACGGGGUUACCCUUGGAGCAUUUAGACAAGGGCUCACUGAAUUUGCACAAAAUCAGAACAACAUCGAGAAGAACAAGCAGAGAUGGCGUAAGUUUUCAGGAAAGUCAUCAUCCGAGAUAGACGACGAGGACUGACAGAAACCGAACAAACAUUUGAGGUCGGGGAAUGACCAACAUUGUCUCACUUAGCCAUAUACACUGCGGAAUAACUUUCAUGGAUGCAAACAGAUUUCGUGAA